GGACGGACGAUGACGCGGCGCAGAGCAUGUAUACGUGUUGAGAGAAAUACGACCGUUGGACAAAGAUAUCAAAACAACAAUAAUAUUACGAGUAUAUUACGCAGGAAUGAAAACCGAUAAAUAUGAUUAUUUAUUGCAUUAACAAUUAUGUACAUGACGAGCAAAAUAUAGUUUACUCGAGAGAGUUGAGGUUGGAUUGCGCGUGACGUCUUUGUGAUCGAGCACGAUAAAAUGUACCUGCGAGAACGAUGAGGUACGUAUUCAAUAAUUGAUUUUUUAUUUUGCAAUGGAGAGGUGGCAGGGGACCGAUUACUUAAACAUAUUGUGCCAAUCAAUUUAGCGUAUCCCUUCACAAACUUCAGGCUGAUAACUGAUGGACGACUUAUGGCUCUAUUAGAAUGAUAUCAAGAAUACGUUUUCCGUUUAUAUUGUAUGUCAAUAUUUUAUUAACAAAAAAUAUUAGUGUGUAAUACCGCAAUAUAUAUUUCAAAAAAGUUUAUUCGCAGCAUUAAAAGCGUACCUAAACUUUCUUUUAGAACAAUCACGCGGAACUAUAUUGUUUUGUAUUUUUUUUUUGUUAUUAUUAAUAAUCAUUAUGAAAAGUUUUCUGGUUUUUAAUAGCUGAUAAAGUGAUAACAUUUUUGUGGUAGGUACGUACAGUGGAGAGUCAGAUCUGCUCACAGAAUGUUGUCCGUUAUUAUUGACGAACUGUACAUAUUAUUUCAUAUUAGUCGAGCGUUGUAUACACAUUAUACUAUUAAAUAGAAUAUAUCGGUAAAUUAUAAUGAAAACGAAACAUAAUAAUAUAGUAACUAUAUUAUGCAUAAUAAGAUUUUCAAACAUAUUUUUUCGGGGCGGUCCCUAAACUUACAUAGCCGUUAGUAACUCGCGUAUAUGCCAUACGGUGAACGACAAUGGGACGUGUGCACGCACACACACAUGCGCGUGCGCGCACAUACACAUGGUACGCUGUAUUCUUCGCAUACGAAGACGAGGAGGCGGCUGGCUUAUAUAGUAAGUAUAUAUAAGGUGGCUGCAGACGAGAUCAGGACCGCAUUCCAAUCCGGGACCCGACGACGACGACGGCUACCUUGUGAGUUUUGGUCGCGCUCUCCGAGAAACGACGCACCUGGAAGAACGGGUCUCCGCGCUCCCACGUUAUUGUGUAGACACAUACGUGUACCUAUAUAUAUAUAUACAACAUCAUAAUAUUACAUAGCAUACAGACCUCAAUCAGCCGUUCGAACCGUCGCCAGCGCAGUCAUGUGCCGAACAUUGAGCCGUCCGCAUCCGAAAAUGGGUCUGAUCCCGAACAGCCACAGCAACGUCAACAACAAUUCCUACGUUAACCGUCUCAACAACUUAAAACAAGCGUUGAAACCGUAUCGAGACAACAACGCAAACUGUCUGCGACUGAUCACCAGGUCGGCUAGGGUGAACCUAAACAAGCAUUGGAAGAGCCUGGAGAAUCUGUUUACGGCUGGGCACGACCGUCGUGCAGACGUCAAAGAACGCGCCCAGAACGCGGUCAACGAGAUGCUGGAGAAUGGGGAGAACGAGAGACCCGCACCGGCGUCAGCUUACACCAAUCCGACGGCGGAUGCGGUCGAAAAAUUGCAACACUUGUACGUUAACGACCCGCGACGACCACACACUUGAUUCUUCGUAGUCGGAUGUGGGGUGGAUGUGGGGGAGGAGAAAUCGUAAAUAGUUUACCUAGCACACACUACAUAAUUAAUAUUAUACGUCAUUGUAACCGUCAUAAUAUUAUGUGUGCGUGCGUAUACCUCAUGUCUUUCGUUGUUUUUUGAUAUUGUUAUAUAUUUUAUUUUAUAUUAUUUAUUUUAUUUAACACGCGCACCAUCACGUUUUAUUUAUAUAUAUGCACAAUUUUACGCACUGUUUUCGCACUGGUUUUCAUCCGCACAAUUGCACCGACACGCACGCUUGUACGCACUUUUAAACGCACUCAAACACAUAAAUAGCACUAUAAUACAUUAAAUAUAAUAUUUAAUGUUCACUAUAUAUUCGCACUAUCGCACUCGUUAUAUGUAUGCACCAAUAUAUUCACAUCACACAUUAGACUUUAAGAAAAACAUUUUUCGUCCGACAAAAGACACUGUACCACACCGCAGGAUAGUCCGGAUCGAUAUUAAUGUAUAUACACCUGCACUUUAGAGUCUUUAGACUAUUAUACACUACACAAUACACAUAAUAUAUUUUAUUAGUUUUAAGUUAAUGUCAGCCAGUUAUUGGUGACUGCCGAUUACAGAUACUCAUCCUAAACAUAUUUUUAUACCUAAUUUGUAUGUCUUGUGACGUCGAUUAGAAGAAAUUAGAAUUUAGAAUAUUAUCAAAUUAGAUUAAUAAAAUAAUAUAUUGAAACUGUGAUUAUAUCGAAUUAAGUUUAUAUUUUUAUAUUUCAUUCGCUAUUAUAUUAGAUAUUAUUGAUGUAUUAAUAUUUUUAAUGUUUCGCUCAAUUUAUUAUAUUAAUUACAUAAAUAUCAAAACUUGAAAAAGUUUUGAUUAGACUAAAAUAUUAUAUUUUUUUAAACUUUUUUUGUUAUUUUUAUAUUAUAUUGUUAAAAGAAUAUUUGCUCAAAAAGGAAUAUAAUCCAUCCAUCUAUGUAUUUAGUUGUUAAUCCAAACAUAUUUUUAGACUAACCUUGAUGAAAACUGUCACCAAAUGUCUAACAUCAGACAAAUAAACAAAAAAAAUAAUUGAUAUAUUAUAUUGUAAUUUGUAAGCAAUUAUGAAAAUUAAUUUUGUGAUAACAUUUCUUAUGUGUCUUACGUUAUAAUAUAUUAAUAUGUAUGAAUUUAUUAUAAGAAUAUUUUUAAUUUUUAA